AUGGCACGCAAGAAAAGUUGUGUCCAAACGAUCACUCCAGAAGAACCGAAGGCCCGCAAACAGCUGCUGGAGUCGCCCACAGGCGUAGAGGAAUCUGGCGAUUUCGGAGAUCGGUCACCCUUGGAGGCUCCAUCGGUGCAAAAUACACGGGAUCUGGAAAUGACCAUAGUCGAAACCCUGCAGGACUUGCAGCAACAAGAGUCCCCUCCAAACGUACCAAAACUGGUAUCGGUUUUGAAUCAGUCGCUCACGGCCAUUUCUCACUGGUCUUUGCAGGCGCAGCUGUCGCAACUGGAAAACCGUUCUGCCUGGGAUUCUCGACUUGCGGUUGAAAACAAUCUCAUCAAAAAAGAAGUGGAGUUCUUUCGCAAUCGUUGCCUAAAUCAAUUGCAAAGCCCGCUUAUUGACCCGCUCCCACCAAAGCCCUCUUUACAACAUCAAUUGCCACCUUUGGCGUCUCCGAGGCGGGUCUCGAAACCAGGCAAAGCUACUUCUAGAAAACAGUCUUCGCGACAAGAGCCAAGCACAUCACUCCUGCGACUGGUCGAAAACCAUAAGCCACAUCCACGAAUGCGCAGAAGCAGUGAUAAUCCAUCUGCCAGCAAUUUCGUGCGGGUCUUCCAUCUGGAACGAAUCUGA